AUCAGGGGUAUUUGACGUGCUGUUGCAGGCGCCGGCGGCGCGAGGCGGUCCGUGCGCGGGUGGGUGGCCGCCGCCGUGCUGCUCCUCUGCUCGCAGGCGACGCAGGCGGACGGCGGCACAAAUGCCACUGCGCCACUCCCACUCAAGAAGACCGGCUACCUAGUGUGGAGCCCCAGCUGCGAGAUACCAGACGUGGACCCUCAUGACAAGUCCAUCCUGCAGUACCUGAAGCCUGUCGCUCCCAUCGUGUGCAGCAGCCGCAAGCCGCUUACCUUCGUGACGUCGCACAGCCAAGGACACGCGCUGCACAUGAACAUGGCGCUGGUGCCGCAGUACGCGCGUCGAGGCUACAGGCUCACGUGCUGCUACAGCAGCGUCACCCGCUUCAUUUCGCCGUACCACCCCGACUACUACAAAAUCGGCUCAUGCAAGAUCUUUAGAGUCUACGUAAAACUUAAACCUCAAGAAGAAUUUGUUCUAUCCCAGUGUUACAAAAAAGGCUACAAAAUAGAGAGAGUGUAUGUGAAUAUGCAUGGCUUGGUUCCCAUAAAGCCCAGUGUUGCUAAAAAGAGAAGAGAACGGAAGUCCCCCGACGACGAUGACAAGCUCAACGUCCUCUUGGUGGCGUACGAUUCCAUGUCUCGCCUGAAUCUCUUGAGAACAAUGCCCAAAACAGUUGAUUACCUGAAGCGUGCUGGAUACGUGGAUUUGCAAGGUUACAACAAAGUUGGAGAUAACACUUUUCCAAACAUUUUGGCUCUUUUGACUGGCGUGACUAAGUCGGAAAAGGGGCGCUGCUCAACGAAAGGCAUCAAUUUUGAUGAUUGUCCUUUCCUUUGGAAAGAAUUUCAUAACCACAAUUAUGUGUCGGCUUAUGCUGAAGAUGUACCUGAAUAUGGUACAUUUCAGUAUUUAAAGGGAGGUUUUUUUAAACAACCAACAGAUUAUUAUUUCCGACCUUACAUGCUCGCUGCAUCUGAGAGACUUAGGGCUAAAUUUAAGGAUGUUUGGAACGUGUGUUCGGGGCCAAUUUUAACAGCAGAUCAUAUUUUCAAUUAUGCUUUACGAUUUGUGUCAAUUUUCAAAAAUUAUUUUUAUUUUGCACUCUUCAUUUUGAGUUCUUUUAGCCAUAAUGAUUUAAAUGGACCUCGAGCCAUGGACCAGAAAACUGUUGAAUUUUUUCAAAGAUUGGAUGAUUCUGGCGCGUACAACAACACUAUAGUUGUAUUUUUUAGUGACCAUGGAAUGCGUUUCUCAAAGAUACUCGAAACGCAUGUGGGUUGGUUGGAAAAUAGAUUGCCAUUUGUUUAUAUACAUCUUCCAGAUUCGUUUAAAAAUAAAUAUCCCGAAGCUUACCGAAAUCUACAAAUGAAUAGAAAUCGAUUAACCUGCACCUACGACCUGUAUGUCACUUUAAAAGAUGUGUUAGCGAGGGGUAUGAACUCCAUAGCUCCAGGUGGAAAUGUGUCAAUUGCUUGUCCUAAGUGCAAGAGUUUGUUUUCAGGGGAUUUUGGUGAUAGAUCUUGUCGUGAUGCUGGGAUAACUCCUGAUUGGUGUACAUGUUCGAAAAAUUAAUAUAUUUUCAUGUUAUAAUAUUGACAGAAAUGUGUAAAUA